GUGAGGCAGAGAAGAAUAGAGCAGGAGCAGGACAUCUGGUGUUCUCUCCAGCAGGGUGAGCUGAGAUGCACAGCUGCUCCUGAUGGGCUGCCUGAUUGAGGCAGGAGGAUAGCAAAUUUGAAAUCAAUCUGGGUUGAUUGAGACCUUGUUUCAAAAAAAGGGAGCUAGAAUUCCAUUCAUGAAAUCAAUGAAUGAGAGGGCUAGUAGCUAGCUUAAAUAGAUACAUAAAGUUUUACCUUUAAUUCUCAGGACUUGAAAAGUAAAAUUGACGGUCCAAGGAAACCUAUUUUCAUCUUUGUUGUGUGGGAAGGUGAGUGUGAAAGAGGUGUGCACAGAAAUCGUGCAAGCUGUUUUCCAUGAUUAAUGUAUGGCAGCCUUUCAUUGGUUUGUUGAACAUAAUUGUAAUGCCUUAUAACAGACACAACGUUAAGUCACUGGGCAGGCUAGAAAUUCUUGGAGGUAUUAAAUAGAAAUAGCUGUCUGGGUGGUUGUGGAGCAUGCUUUUAAUGCCAGCACUUGGGAUGCAGAGGCAGAAGGAUCUCUGAGUUCAAGGCCAACCUGGUCUAUAGGGUGAGUUUCAGGACAGCCAGAGCUGCUUAGAGAGACCCUGUCUCAAACAAAGAGCUGAUGUGACAGUGUACACUUGUCAUCAGCUACUUGGAAGACUGAAGCAGGACUGUAAAUGGAGACCAGUGUGAAGUUCUCAGAAGAAAAACCUUUUAUGCAGAUAUGUUGGCUCACAUCUUAAAUGCCAGCGUUUGGAAGUCAGAAGCAGACAGAUCUCUUGAGUUGGAGGCUAGCCUGGUCUAUAUAAUGUGAGACCAGAUGGGGAUCCAUAAGUGAGGUCCUUAAAAUUUAAAGAAAAAAAAAAACCCCAUAUGUGUUAGGUUCUACGUGGCCAAUUAGGAAUUGUGUUUGUGGGGAACUAUAUACUGUAGAUGCAAAAUUAUUCUGGCCUACCAUUAGACCUUAAUAACCAUUUAUUGCUCCACCUGUGUCUGACCUCAUGCUAUUUGGAGCAACCUGAGUUCCUGGGCCAUGGUCAUUCAACCCAAAAUAAACUCUAUCUCUUGUAGCUUAAUUGAUGAAGUGCUUGCUGUGCAUGGUUGGGAACCUAAGCUAGGAUUCCCAACACCCACAUAGAUGUUGGGGGCAGGAGGAACGGAGGAGCAGAAACUGAUGGGUUCCUAAAGUUCAUUGGUUGGCCAAGGCAGCUUAGCUGAAAUGAUCAGCAGUGAAAGACCUGUUUCAAGAUACAUGAUGGGGCUGAGAGAAUCGACUCAGCACAUAAAGGCAUUUGCUGCCUGGUGGCUGUUUGAUUCCCUCCAGACCCACCUACAGGUGAAGGGGAACUGAUUCCACAGAGUUGCUGUCUGACCAGUUUAUGUAUGCUGUGGCACAUAGAAACACACACCUUCCACAAUAAAAUUCAGGAUAAUAAAAUUAAGAGGUAGAUCAUCGAAGAAGUGACACCCCCCCCCCCACCAUCUCGACCUCAGAUGGAUACAAAGCAUCUCCUGUGCUGGGCUGGAGUGGUUAAGAGCACUUUAGGCUAGGUGUGGCGUACGCCUUUAACCGCAGCACUCGGGAAGCAGAGACAGACGGAUCACCGAAUUCGAGGCCAUCCUGGGUUACAUGAGACCAUGUCUAAAACAAAGUGGGUGUUUUCAGCACCUGCACCACACGAUUGCUGUCCUUAACUCUAGCUUCAAGGGAUCCCGAAAACAUAAAAGUAAAAAUAAAUCCUUAAAAACAACAAAUGAAAUGACAGUCGCGAUUGGUUAAAAAAAGAAGUGACCAGCUUGCGGUUUAGACAUCAGGUUUAUUCGCUAGUAACUCGCUUCCAGUGGUUUUGACGUCAUCUAAAAACGCCGGAAAUGAUCUCGCGCUGCCUAGGAAACAGGACGCGGCCCAGUAGUAGCUAAACCUGGGGCAGCCGCACCCACCCGGUCGCCAUGGAGCUCCCCUCGGGGCAGUGUGGGGAUCCUCGCUCCUGUGACGAUGAGUCGGACCCCGAGCCAGACCCGGACCCUGACGCUCAGGCUGAGGCCUACGUAGCCCGCGUGCUCACCCCACCCAAACCUGGCCUGACCCCGCGGCGCUCGUCGCUGAAGUCCACGCUCUCCGCGUCCCUGGGAGCGCCGGAGCGAAAGGCUGCCCCCAGAGUCCCGGCCGUGCGCCUGCCGGGCCUACUGAGCCUUCCCCCGGAGCUGCUACUGGAGAUCUGUGCCUACCUGGAUGCACGGGUCGUGCUCCACGUCCUGCCGUGCGUGUGCCAAGCACUCAACGACCUUGUGCGUGAUCAUGUCACCUGGAGGCUACGCGCUCAGCGCCGCGUACGCGCACCCUACCCAGUGGUGGAAGAGGAGGACUUUGACUGGCCAGCUGCCUGCAUCGAGCUGGAACAGCACCUGUCCCGCUGGGCAGAGGAUGGACAGAGAGCUGAGUACUUCUGCCUAGCUGAUGGUCACUUUGCUUCCAUUGAUGCAGUGUUGCUGCUCCAGGGUGGGGCACUGUGUCUGUCAGGCUCCCGAGAUCGCAAUGUCAACCUGUGGGACCUACGACAUCUAGGGAAGGAGCCUAGCCGAGUUCUGGUGAAGGCCUUGGGCACUCAGGGCAAUAGCACACACAAGGGCUGGGUGUGGUCGCUAGCAGCACAGGACCACCGUGUGUGCUCCGGCUCUUGGGACAGCACUGUGAAGCUGUGGGACAUGGCGGCUGAUGGGCAGCAGUUUGGCGAGAUCAAGGGCAAGGCGGCAGUGCUGUGCCUCUCCUACCAACCUGACAUCCUCGUGACUGGUACCUAUGACAAGAAGGUGACCACCUAUGAUCCCAGAGCUGGCUUGGCUCUGGUGAAGAGCCGGAGGCUGCAUUCGAGUGCUGUGUUAGCGGUGCUGGCAGAUGACAGGCAUAUCAUCUCAGGCAGUGAGGACCAUAGUCUUGUGGUAUUUGAUCGCCGAGCCAAUAGAGUCCUGCAGCGGCUGCAGCUGGACUCCUAUCUGCUCUGCAUGUCCUACCAGGAGCCCCAGCUCUGGGCGGGUGACAACCAGGGCCUGCUGCACGUCUUCGCCAACCGAGAUGGUUGCUUCCAGCUUGUCCGGUCCUUUGAUGUGGGUCACCAAUCUCAGAUCACAGGGAUCAAGCACUCACUGGGGACUUUGUAUACAACAUCUACUGACAAGACCAUUCGGGUUCACGUGCCCACAGACCCACCUAGGACCAUCUGUACCAGAAGCCACCACAAUGUGUUGAAUGGGAUCUGUGCUGAGGGCAACGUGGUGGUGGCUGCCUCUGGUGGCCUGUCACUGGAGGUCUGGAGGCUGCUGGCCUAAACAGCUGGACGUGGCUGUGGAUGGAUGUUGGAAUACACUGCCUGCUGAGGCUGCCCUAGGCCUCAGCUCUGGAGGACCUUCCUGCAAUUGGUGCUGCUUCUGCCCUGCUCCACAGGCCUUGGGCACAGGAAGCCUUAGGGCUGGGCCCACACCUAUGCCUGUGGAAGUGACAUUCUAAUUUUAGCCAUUCCCUACCUUCCACCCUUGAUUGUUUUGUUUGUUGAGGCGGUCUCCAUGGAAUCCAGGCUGGCCUCACAUUUACUAUGUAUUUGAGGCAAGCUUUGAAUGCCUGGUCCUCCUGCUCCAGUCUCUAAGUGUUGGGACAAUGGAUGCACCGUUACCCUGGGUGAUCCCUGUUUUGCUAGGAUUGGGUGCCUCUUUCCCACGGGAGAGUGAAGAAGGAAUAAACGACCUACUGUGCAAUUGUUGGGAA